AACAGUUUUGUUAAUAUACAGAACCAUGACGGAGUAAGAAAGACCUGUCUGAAGAGUGUGUGGCCGUCUUUAUUGUGUGAGCGUGUGCCCUGGCGGAAGCGAGCGUCCACGGGCCUGAGUGUGCCUGAAGAGCUGGUGGGAGGUCCUUCACUAGCCUGUCCUCGCUCUAGACUCAAGAUAAAAGAAGUCCUCAAAGAGGCAGCUACGGGGCUCACCGAGCAUCUGAGCAAACUGGUGUCCGCGUUUGCCAUCAGUGCAUUUCACUGUACGUUUUUUGGGGGGUGCAGGUGUGUGCAUCACGGGGGAAGAACAGAGCCUGACGACUCGUACAUUUGCAUACCACAGCCGCGUGGCGUGUGACCUCGUGAGAACUGACAUCCUGAGGUUGCUGACGGAUCCCGGUUACCAGGGUCUGUUACUGGAAGAUGGCACUCUGUCUCAGGCAGUCUCUGCUGAAGCCACUCCCCCCGAGUUUACCGAACCCCGGGCCUGGCUAGUGUCUGAAUUAAGCAUAUUCUGUAAACCAGAGGAAAAUGUGCAAGCAACGAACGGUCCAAGUGAAGCCGAAGAAUUGCAGCUUCAGGUGAGGGGGCUCCCAGGGGAGAUGACCCUUCACUGCUCUCUGGGGAUGUGACCAAGCGUCUUCCUGUUCAGAACUGCCUCCUCUUGUUCACCUACCUCAUCUCAGAACCAGAAGCUGCCAGCAUGCUCUGUGUGAAUGCUCCUCCCCCCCAAAAAAAGCCCAAGAAAGAGGCGGUAGUGAGGUCUUUCAAGAGCUGAAAGGCCCAUGUACUGCUCUAGGCACGUCCACACUUCCAGUGGAUAAAACUAUGUCCCAAUUCUUCAGCGGGACUGAGAAAACAUUAAAGGAAACAUGAGCCAAAGUGGGCAAGCCUAAUCACGUGGGCGAGCCUUUACUGAACACAUCCGUGGGACCAGCCCACUGGAAAGAGGCAGAAGCAGUUAACCAAGCCAUCGCCAAUGAAUACGAAGUCCGGAGAAUACAUGUCUGGAUGUCACCGCACAGCCCUUUGGCUGGUGUGACAGAGCUAAGGAUCAGACAGAAAAAUGGGCCCACACCUAGCAGCUGAAACACUCAGUUUUAUCUCCAAAAAGUACUGUCUCUGUUGCCCGUCUUCUGGCUGCAAGACAAGACUGCUCAGAGCUUUUCAGGACAAGCAGUGGCUCUGUAAGAGGAAGGACCGCCUGUGCUGUCAGUAAGGUGUGGGCGGCUGGGUGCCUGACAGGGUGGCAGACCCAUCGACACUGACCCUCCACCCCCAGAUGCCAGCUUGGCAAAGAAGGCAAGAUGGUCCCAGCUGCAAGCAGGAGGCUGAAGAGGCGGGAGGGGUGGUUAUGAACAUUUCAUAUGGAGGACGAGGAGGUCAGAGGGAGGGGUGGCCGUGGUGCCUACGACCAUGGUGGCCGAGGGGGAGGGAGAGGAAAUAAGCAUCAAGGAGGCUGGACGGAUGGAGGGAGUGGAGGAGGAGGAGGAGGUGACCAAGAUGGUGGUUAUCAAGGUUCAGGUUUCCAGCUGGUGGCUACCAAGGCAGUGGUUAUGGUGGCUUCCGAACAUCUUCUUAGACAUAAAAUGAGUCAGCAGGGUGGUGGGUACCAGCAGGACACAGAUACCGAGAAGGCAGGCACCGUGGUGAUGGAGGUGGUGGUGGUGGAGGCCGAGGUGGUCAUCGAGGCCAGAGAAGAGGUUGGGAAGGAAGGAGGAGCCAAACUUAUCACCAAGGGGGUCAAGUUGAACAGCACUUCCGGCAUGGAGUUUAUCAGUACAGUCAUUCUGGGUUUGGACAGGGAAGACAUUAUACUGGCUGAAGCUACAGAGCCUUACAUUUGGCUAGAGCUCAAGUAAUAGAAACUUAGGUUUCAGAAUCCUGAAUCCAUCAUCCAUUUUGAAUUACUAUGAGACCACAGGGGGAAGGAAGGUGGAUUCCCGCUUGGUAUAAGCGUGUGCAGGUCUUCAUUCACUUCUAGGUUCGUUGGUUUGUUCUUGUCUUUUUGUUUUGUUUUGAAUGCACUGACAAUUCUGGUUAUCUGAGAAACACAUACAUCUCUCCUUUCUAUGGAAAAUUCUAAAAAGGUGAUUAAAAUCGCCUUUAAUUGACCAGUAGAGUGAUUCCACAGUCAGAACACACACAUUUUUUUGAAGACAUGACUUGAAUUAAGUAGCUUUCCAUAUGCAGUUUCGAAAAAUGAGGAUUGGUCUAGACUUUUUUGGAUUUACUACUAGGAAACUUCACUCAUACUAACAAUCCAUUUAUAUGUGUUUUGCUUACAGUAUUCUCAAGCCUCUUUUGGAGUUGGCGUAAUGGCUAUGUCACUGGACUCCCACGUAGUUGACUGCAAUUCGCCAGGCACGUGUGCGUGCAUGCCCUAAGGAUUAUUUACUGAAUGCCAUGUAAGACCAACUGCCUAGACAUAACAGAGAAAUCAACGACCUAAAUAAAUACUGAGGGUAUGCCAUAGUCACAGAUCUGAAUGCUCAGUAUUACAAUCCAAUUAAAAAUAUCAGUAGGUUUUUUGGUUAAAGUUGAUAGGCUGAUUCUAACAUUAUAUGGAACUACAUACGGUCUAGCACAGCCAAGAGAUUUUGAAGAAAAAACAAAGUUAGAAGAACAACAUUACCUAAUUUUAGCAUUGACUAUAAAGCUGGGGCCAGCAUGUGGAGGUAGUGGCUAAGGCACUCGACUCCCAGAUAACCCACCAUGG